UAUGAGUGGACACACCGUGUAGGAUUUUCCCAAUUGCCAGGAAGGGCUCUCCAGGUCCUCACUGUGAAAUGGGGCUCCCCAGCAAUUUUGGACUCUGGAUGAUGCUGGCCUGCUGCUGCGGUACUGCUGCUUGUUCCUUGUGCUGCAAAUGCUGCCCCAAGAUAAAACAGUCAACCAGCACCCGCUUCAUGUAUGCGCUUUACUUCAUCCUUGUGACCAUCAUCUGCUGUGUCAUGAUGUCUACAACAGUAGCUAACGAAAUGAAAACUCAUAUUCCCUUCUACAAAGAGAUGUGCAAGGGUAUUCAGGCGGGUGAGAUGUGUGAGAAGUUGGUGGGAUACUCUGCAGUGUACAAAGUCUGUUUUGGAAUGGCCUGUUUCUUCUUUUUAUUCUUCUUGUUCACCAUCAAAAUUAACAGCAGCAAAAGCUGCCGAGCAUACAUUCAUAAUGGAUUCUGGCUUAUUAAACUUAUAGUUCUGGCAGCAAUGUGCUCAGGAGCCUUCUUCAUUCCUGAUCAGGACACUUUCCUCAAUGCCUGGCGCUAUGUAGGAGCAACAGGAGGGUUCCUUUUCAUUGCCAUUCAGCUCAUCCUGCUGGUUGAGUUUGCACACAAGUGGAAUAAAAAUUGGACUGCAGGUGCAAACCACAAGCAGGUGUGGAAUGGUUUGCUUGCCUUGGUCACUCUCAUCCUGUACUCCAUUGCUGUGGCAGCUCUGGUCCUCAUGGCUCUUUUCUACACGCGCUCAGAGGGCUGCAUGUACAACAAGGUCCUGAUUGGAGUGAACGGUGGCCUGUGCCUCUUUGUGUCCCUGGUGGCCAUAUCGCCCUGUGUCCAGAAUCGCCAGCCCCAUUCUGGUUUGCUGCAGUCAGGAGUUAUCAGCUGCUAUGUCAUGUACCUCACUUUCUCGGCACUAUCCAGCAAACCACCAGAAACUAUCCUGGAUGAAAACAACCAGAAUAUCACAAUCUGUGUCCCUGAAUUCAGUCAAGGCCUGCACAGAGAUGAAAACCUGGUUACUGGCUUGGGUACUACGAUUCUGUUUGGCUGCAUUUUAUAUUCUUGUUUGACCUCAACAACACGUGCAAGCUCAGAGGCACUGAGAGGAAUAUAUGCAACAGCUGAAACUGAAGUAGCUCGUUGCUGCUUUUGCUGUGUACCCGAUGGAGAUGCUGAUGCUGAAGAGCAUGUUGAGAAAAGGGGAGGCCAGACUGUGGUUUACGAUGAGAAGAAGGGCACAGUGUACAGUUAUGCCUACUUCCACUUUGUUUUCUUCCUGGCUUCUCUCUAUGUGAUGAUGACAGUAACUCACUGGUUCCAUUAUGAAAGUGCUCAGAUUGAAAAAUUCUUCACUGGAACCUGGUCUAUCUUCUGGAUUAAGAUGGUCUCCUGUUGGGUUUGUGUUGGUCUAUACUUAUGGACUCUUAUUGCUCCACUCUGUUGCCCAACCAGAGAGUUCUCAGUGUGAACAGUCAAAAGGUCAUUUUAAGUUUUUCUCUUUUUUUUUUUUUUUUUUGAAUGAGGAAACACCUUUUACCCACUUAUCAUAAUGUACCAGUUAUUACCUUUUUAGUCAGACUAAACAAAUGAUUGCAGACUUUUUUUACCAUUUUUUAUUAUCAUGAGCAAGCAUUGCCUAAGGGUACAAACCCGUUUUGAAACUUUACAAUGCUUAUGUGUGGUGUGUAUAAAACACAGUUGUUGCAUAAACUGGAAUAAGUGAAAUGCUUUUCAAAUAACUGACAAUCCUUCUCUGGCUUCAUUGACAAGAAAAGAAAAAAUCAUGGUGCAGAUGGUAUCUUCUUACUCCCCAUGAAUGUUUGGUAUCUUGUAGCAAAUAUGGAUUCAUUCCUUUUUAUACUCUUUCAUUAACUGUUUCUUUUACAGUUUGCAGUGGUGAUUUGGACUGCUGUUUUGUACAGCAUAUAAUUCUUGUAAGUAGUAUCCAGAUAAUUUUUUUCCAAAAACCUAUCUAAAUAAUUCUGUAGAAAUAAGAGAAUAUAUGAGAAUUUGACUGCCAAAGGAUCUACUAAAAAUUGUUUAUCUAAGUAUUAAAUAUAUUAAGUUAUUUUAUACCUGGAUUGAGAAAGGAGUGUAUCAAUGAUAGUAAAGUAUUUAUUCUAUUAUUACUUUAAAGGCACCUGGAUAUUUUAUGCAAUUCAGAUUUAGCCCAGUUAAUAACUGAAGGGGAGUUCUACACACAAAUUCUCAAACUGAAUUUUGUCCAAUUUUGCUUUGCCAGGUUACUCAAAAGUUGAGUGUACUGCAUGGGGAUGUAAGAAAAGGUACAUUCUUUAUUCACAAUGUUUGCUGUUGAGAAGAUGAUAGUUAAGGGAGCACUGCCAGUUGCUGUUAAAUUUAAAAGUGGGGUGCUUGUUUACUUUUCUACCCUGCUGUUUCAGCUUGUAUCUAAAGAUCUCCCAGGAUCUUCAGUUCUGUUUCCAUGACUAGUUUUUUAAUAUUUUAGAUGCAUUGAUGGUCAGAAGAGGACUAUAGUGUGUUGUCAUCUUUUCUGCUUGUGUGUUGGCUGGAAAGUAUUUUUUCUAACUGCUAUAUUUUUAUAUUCCUCUGUUGAUACUAGUUUUGCUGUUGGGAUGGGACUUAACCGAUCAAUAUAUUAAUGGAGACAGUUCUUUUGUAGGACUCCUAUUCCAAGCACUGGAGUAAGCAGUCAGAAAAGCAAAACCAGAAGACACAAAUAUAGCAAGCAGCUGCCUUAGUACAAAUGACUUGACAAUAUUAAAUACUACCUUGUCACCUUUUUUUUUUAAUUUAAGCAGAUGAUUUGGUGGUAGAACAACAGCUCAAAUGCCCUGAAUGCUGAAUAAGGUUGAAGCCACAUAGUUAUCUACAUUCUGGUGGGAUGAAUUUAUGGCUUAAGCUAGUCCUGGUGUUUUUUGUCUUCUCUCUCUUGACAUAUAUAUUCACACACAUGCACAGUUUGAAAUAUCAACCAAUUUAGCAGGUCUUUUUUAAAAAAUGUGAUUGAGCCUUAAAUCUUCAUCCACUGCUUUCUGCAAAACUGAGAAAAGCACAACACAGAGGCCAAUGUGUUGGCCAAAACAUUUGCAUGCCUUAGUUGUUCUGUUGCAAUAAUUAAUGGCUAAUGCCCACCUGGUGAGUAAUCUUAACAUCUCGGAUCUCAGUUCUGGUCCUGCUUUCAUUACCAUUUUUAGCUGCCUUGUUGCUAUGGUAUCCGAGGGCUUCUGUCCUGCUUGGAGCUUUCCAGGGAUGCGAUCUUCCCCACCCUGUGCACUCUUACCUAAAACAAAAUCUUCAGGUCUGAAGUCCUCUCUACUUACACCACCUAUUCCACCGAUUAGAGCCUCAAAAUACAUCUGUCCUGAGAUCUGAGGGAAGGAGGAGUCUGUCCAGCAGUGACUGCCCUGGCGUUCUUCUUGUUUGCAUCAAGAGUUAAAAAUAGCAGUUGAAUCUGGGCUUUGACACUGAGUUACAAAAGCAACAAAUAGCUCUAGACAGGGAGGCAGGUUUUUCUCUUUCCCUUUGCUUCUGCUGGGAGGUUUUGAUCCUGCCAAGAGGUCUGCUAGCAUGGGGACCUGUCAGGACACUUCUGCCUGCAUUUGGAGUCUCACUACACAGAUACUUCUCCAUCUGAAAAAGGCCUUUAUAAAUGCUUUUUCAAUCCAGAAGCAUCUAUCUGUCCAACCUCUAAGAUAAGAGCUUAUGGGCUGUGCAAUGAUGACUAACAGUUGUCCCACCUAACUCGUAGUAGCAAUUCUGACAAACAAUUUUGAUUCGGUGCUAUAGUUGUGUGCUGCAACUGCGAUAGUCCAGGCUCUUGAUUCUGCCUUGCCUGGUCCUAUCAGGCCUGCAAGAUUGCCUUCUAGUGCCAUAUAUGUUGUACUAUGAGAAACGAAGCUUUUUUCCCCUAAAUUAGCCAUGUGUUUGUAACAGAACAAUUGGGGAAAGGAGCUUUAUGGAAGAAGGCAUGCACUAUGUCAAGUUAUAAGGCAGGGAAUGGUACCUGUUGUCUGGUUCUGAUAGUAGGCAUCCUGGUCACAAAUGUGGCCCUUUGAUGUUCCUGUUUACAAAAACACUUAUUUUAUGCAGUAUUGCAUCAGGACUUUCUGCACCUCCUUGUGCCCUUUUUAAUAUAAUUUGUUUUAGGGAAAUAGGUUUUGCACAGAGGAAACAAGGCUGUGAAAAGAAAGUCCACAGUGAGGCAUGAGUCCAUUCUUCUUACACAGCACUUACCUCACUGGUUUGCUCCUCCAUCCUUCCCUACUACCGGCUAUCAACCUAAAGCAUCUAGAUCUGCAGGUAUACAUAGAGUGGGAAUAGGGCAGUGCCUGUUUACACAGUUUUGUCUACUUCUGAGCAAAUCUUCGGGGGAAAACCCCCAAAAUAAAUAACUUCAAGGGCCUCUGGGUCCACAGUGCCCCAGAUCCAGCUGUGGACUUCCAGGCCUUUCUAAGGAAUCAGUAACUAGUGGCACCUGGGUGUGCAAAGACUAGUUCCUCACCAAGACAAGGCUUCCUGCUGGCCAGGCAAACAUUACAGCCUUAGCAUUCUGUGUAAAAUCUGUACUGUGAACUUCCAUGUGCAACUACCUAAUAAAAUCCUCGGCUCGGGUCAAGGAAUCAAAUUCCCAGCCCAUAGAUUCCAAACAGUUCAUGCAAAUGGGCUUUUAAAAAAAAAACUUUUUAAGAAGUGCCUUCAUACCUACUGCUGUGAUAACUAUUAAUUCAGGUGGCACUAGAACUGGAAAACCUGGACUGAGCCUGUGACUGGGUGAUGCUGCCUUGUACGUUACACCAGUGUGUACAGGGCACAAUCAGACCCAGAGUGCAUGUGGAAGACCAAACAAUCUGUGCUUGACAAACCUUUGGGGAUAAGACUGCUUCAGGUAUUACUGUGCAGUGGGAAAUUAAGUGGGAAAACUCAAAAGUAGCCUGAUGCUUUUGUAAAUAAAUGAGUAGUUUUACAUUUAAGCUGUAAACAGUUAACUUUCUCUCCCUAUAGCUGAAAGUGUGGGUGACUGUCUGCUGAGGCAGUUCACUGCACAGUCUCUAUCCUGCCUUGUGCCAUGUUGUUCAUUGAAUUUGUUCCCAGACGUAAGUGGUGCAGCAUGUCUGGCUCCUAGUGGGUUUGGGCUGUGUGAAGUGAGGAAGCUUAUAAAGACAUCAAGACCAGAGAACAUGUCCUAUACUAAAUUUCCUCCAUUUAAAUUUGAACUAAUGCUAUCAUUUAAUGGACUCUUGGAGGAACACAGUGUUGGCAGAAGUUCUGCUGGGAAGGUGAAGCAAUUUUGUUGGCUUUUUUCUACUUUUUCAAAUUUGCUAUCAUAAAGAUUAUUUGGGACCUCACUGCUGCACUGUCGUCUGAGACUGGAACAAUUGUACUUUUCCUCGUGAAGGCAACCAAGAGCCACAGUCCUGAAUGGUUCUUGUUUGGGGUAAAAUAAGUGGGACAGAGUCAGAGAGCAAGUGUCUGAAUCCAAGUAACUGGACUAAAAAAUGAAACGAUAGAACUUUACUAGGAAUGUGUGGAAAGCAGGUGGAUAUGCUUGUUUGCUGUUUGCCACAUAGUUCCUCAACGUGUGCAGGCAGCCCUUGCAGCUGGAUGCCAAGUAAGGAGCUCCACUGCAAUCGUACAUCAGAGAUAUUGCAUGUUUUUGAUACUCUCAGCUUUCUCCUUCAAGCAUUUCCAUGAGGUUCAAGCAGCUUGUGCGUGCCUAGCUAACAUGGUAAAUCCUGGCUGGGUUGGGCUGCUUUCCUCUGAAAUGCAGAAUUCAGUGUUGCCAAUGUAUGCAUAGUUCAGAGAGAGGGUUUGUCCCCUCUCAGAAUCAUAAACACUGCAUGUCUAUUUAUUUAUUUAUUUUGUGUUUUAGCACCUUUUUACAAGUCUAUAAGCGCUUUGAGAUUAUAAAUUACGCACGCGUAAUUGCUUUGUCAGCUACUGCUGCAGCCAUUUCUGGGCUAGAACAUUGCUAUUAAUGAAGCAACCAUUGCACUCGUGAAAAAACUGAUUUUUAACAGUUCUUUGGCUUUGAAAGAUGGCGUCAGGAAAAUUUGAGUGCUUCAGAUAGUGCUGCUUGAACUUUGGCUAGCAGCCCACAGUAUCGUGGGCAUCUGAGCAAAUCAGCAACAAAGUAAUCUACAGACUUUUUAAACUGCACUGUAAAGAUUUUAUAAACUGCUAGGCUUUUCUCCUAAGUAAGUUGAUGAAGCAAAAUACCACAAGACUGUACCUGUGUGGCUAGAUGAGUUGAGAUCAUCCACAGCUAAAAUUUUGCUCUCAUCUUUCCUUCUGGGCUUUAGAAGCAAUAGAAGUCUUUUGCUUGGAGGCUAUAUCUUCUUGUUUUAUUUGCCUUUUUCUCCUUGGAUUUGUUUUUUAAAGGCAUUGUAAACCUGGUUCAUUCCCAGACAACCUGCUGCCUGCCAAAUGGGAUGUCUUUGGUGCUAGAAACUAGCAAAGACCACUUUGCCAAGUCUUACUGAUCUUUUCCUUUUCAUAGCAGGACAACCUGCAGCAUUGAAGCAGAGUCAAGGAUCAUAGUUUUUAUAACAUGGAUUGGUUUUCCUCUGUGAAAACUGCUUCUUUGUUUCCUGUAGUGGCCUACGAGUUCUUGUGGGAGGGAAACACAUAAUGAACGCCAUGACAUUUUACGUGUGUUUUCAGUUUUGUAAACAGUAGUUUGAAUUCAGUGUUUCACAUGACUGUACAAGUGAAUGCCAGGGGUCAAGUGCUUAGAAAGCUUUGGCUGUUUCUACUCAGAACAGGCUACAUAGCUUGGGAACUGGUAUGUCUCUGCAUUUUCUACAUCCUCAUGGCCCAGGUGCCCCAGGAUGGGGAUACAGACACACUGUGCAGAGUUUGAAGCAGCAACUUUGAGAGACUGGCAUGAUGACUGCUUUCUAAUGCCCGAAGAAAUUCUGUAGGCUUCAAGUAGGCCUUAAAUCCCGUUUGUUCGGAGGUUUUUUAUUGAAUCUGGAUUUGAUUUUUCUACACCUGUUCAAUAAUGUUGUUUUUAAAAAGUUAGAAUUUAUUUCAGAUAUAAGCCAGCUUGCUUCCCUGCUGCCUGCCAGUCUCCAAUAGUUCCCAGUGUGUAGCGUACAGAGAUUUUCACAGACUUGUUCAGAGCCGCAGUCGUCAGCUUUGAAACCACUCCAGCAGCCUAAAGCUUCUAGGGCUUAUGCUCACCAGAGCUUCAGGGUGCAGCAGUGCAGCCAUGCUUUUGCCAAAGAAGCCUCAGUGUGAAGCCAAGAAGAAAGUGCAAAGCCAAGAAUUUUGGAAAACUAUGGGGAAAUAAUGGAUCAUUUGACAUGCCAUAGCUUUAGUUUUGCUCUUAUCGAUACACAUCCAGGUGCUUAGGUGUCCUUUGGACAUCCAUGCAGACUUAAAGUGAGGAGAAUUAACUUCCAGAUAAAAUAAUUCUACUUUUAAUAUAGAAGCUGAGAAAAGAUUUACUAGGAGCAUAUGGGUUCAGUGUCUGCUUUUUGUUCACCACUGAUGUGUGGUGUUCAGUCGUAUAUAUGCCAUGUUCAAAAACUGGAUGCAAAACAGUCAAAAUAGAAACACAUUUUCUUAAUGGUGAGGGGAUUUUAAUUAGUCUUUUUCAAGGUUCUUAAUAUCUCAAGGGAACUUUUUGGUGUGUAUGUGUGUUUUUAUUUUAUUAAGCUGUAGCCCGGUGAAGUGGAAGUUUGCCAGUUUAUUUAACUUUUUUGCAAGUGUUGUGGUCUUUAGUAACUGUAACAGUUUGACUUUUAAGGAUUGGUAAAGAUUCCAGAAUUGUAAGAUCUUACUUGUAAAAUAGUCAACAGCUUUGCCUUUAUAGCAUGUUAAUGGUUUUUAUGGACACUUCCUUUUGUAUACUGAGUGAAUGUAUUGUUAUAGAUUUAAUGUUUAAUGGACCAAUAAAAUUUUUCUUACAUUUGAAAUGAA